GCCGUCCCUCGCUCAUUUGGGGAAAGGCAUUCCUCCGUGUAAGCAGACCCCCCCCCAUCGUGCUCUCCGCCGGGAUGGUUGGGGCGGGGUGUGUUUGUGCGCGUGCGUUCAGGUAUGAGCAUCAGCCUCGGGGCCCGGCUUAGAAAAAUGUCAGCGCUCGGACAGUGCGGCAGGCAAAGCGUAGGUGGGAGCGUUUGAGGGGGGCCCUUAGUGCUAUCCAUGGGGCCAAGGUGUUGAGGGGCCCCGCCCGGGCAAGGACCAAGAACAAGAAGACAAGAUAAAAGGCAAAAAAAAAAGUUGAGAGAAAAAAAAAAAUGGUUGCGGAGGAAGUUUUGAUUACGUUGUCCGGUGGAGCGCCGUGGGGCUUCCGUCUGCAGGGCGGGGCGGAGCACCACAAGCCACUGCAGGUGGCCAAGGUGCGCAAACGCAGCAAGGCCUGCAGAGCCGGGUUGAGGGAGGCGGACGAGCUGAUGUCCAUCAACGACCGGCCAUGUGACGCGUUAUCCCACGCCCAGGCUAUGAACCUCAUAGACGCCUCCCCGGGAACACUACACAUCCGUGUCAAAAGAGUACCUGCUGGGUUUCAAUCUGUUGUGCUUGUGACCCGUGCCCCUUCUCCUCGCAUCGACAAGGAAUACCGUGCUUCCCUGCAGAACCCGUCAGCCACCGACGUCCACCAAGCGCCGCUCCGCGAGGUCCACCGCGGCCGAUCGUCUCGGGCCCGCGGCCUGACUUCGCCGCCCGGUAGCGAGGCCUACUACGGCGAAACCGACAGCGACGCGGACGUAGCGGCUUACGAGAGGCAGCGGCGUCAGAAACGACGCAGCCCCAACUCCAACCCGGGGAAACAGACGGGAUGGACCUCCCCUGGGGGAGGGGAGACGUCAGAGAUGAGUGGCUAUGACAGCGCCCCAGAUGCAAACGCUUAUCUAAAUUCCUCGGAAGGAUUUGGGGGAGGUGAAAACGGGGGGCUGCCAGGGGUAGCGCGAAGAGAAGUGAUUUACCAGCCCACCGGUCCAGGAAUGUGGUCCUCCCACACCUCAACCGAGACAUCUUCCAACAUCUCGUCAGCAGAUGACCAGGGGCCACGAGAUGGAGACCGGGAGGAGGACUUCCUGGAGCUUGCUAACGUCCCUUUAGUAUCCCCCGAGAGGGCAAAGGAGGCACUGAUGCUGGGUUCUCGGAGCCAGCUCGUGCCCAUGGUGGGGCCUGUCAAUAACCCAAUUGAUGAGGAAUUGACGACAACCUACAUGGAAAAGGCCAAGCAAGCCAAGCUUCACCGGGGAGACACGCCACAGGACAAGCACGUAAAGGAAGCCCGAAGUAAGUGUAAAACUAUCGCAUCCCUGCUGACGGCCGCUCCCAAUCCUCACUCUAAAGGGGUGCUGAUGUUCAAGAAAAGGCGGCAGCGCUCCAAGAAAUAUACCCUCACAAGCUUUGGCAGCGUGGAUGAGGAUCAGCGCCGGGACUCUCAAGAGGAAGAUGGGCCGUUACUCGGCAGUGAGUCCGAAUUUGAGGAAGAGGGCUUUUCGUCCGCUCCUGACCCAACUUGGGACAGUGACUACCUGAAUAUGCUCGAGAAGAGGGCGACUGCCGGUGUCGAGGGCCGCGGGGAUAGGGAGGAGGAUGCUCCAAGUCCAGGUUUGAAUGCUACCGCAGGGAAGGGUGCCCAGUUGUUUGAACAGCAAAGGAAAAGGGCUGCUGAGCAUGCCAAGAAGGUGGAGGAAACACAGUCUCAGGUGGUCGAGCGAGGCCAGAUGUUCUAUCCAGACAUGCGGCAAGAUAUGUAUCAAGCCCAAGCAACCUUUAGCGUAUCGAAUGGAGAGGCGUCCCAAGCCACCGGUGGAACUAGAACCGUGGUGACGCAAGGAGGACCCAGGUCGGCCAUUUCCUCUGUGGAUAUGAUCAUUGGCAGUCCACCACCAGGAGAGACACCCAUACCAGAAGCCCCUGCCGACCGUGGCUUCAGCUCCACCAGAGCAUAUGGUAUCACCUCGGCCGCAGCCCGUGACGCCAGCUACACCACAGAAGGAAACAAUGCAGCAGUCAGCACAGGGAAGAUGCCACCCCCAGUAGCACCCAAGCCUCGGGUUCUGCAUGAGGCCCCAGAGAUCAUUCAGGCAGGAGGCAAGGGGGCUCAGCUCUUUGCCCGCAGACAGAACCGCAUGGGUAUGUAUUUAGUGGAUGCCCCUCCACAGACCCAUCACCAACAGGAAGUGUCCUUGCACGGUGCUGUACAACCCCCUGACCACUCCUCCUCUCAAUGGAAAUACUCCUCCAAUGUGCGUGCCCCUCCUCCCAUCGGGUAUAACCCACUCCUGGGCCCCUCUAUCCCCACAGGGCCCCAGAGGAACAUGGGCAAGCCAAGCAGCAAGGGGAAAGGUGCUCCUCAGCGAGAGGGCAUCCAAGCGCUGGAUUUCAUGAGAAGACAGCCCUACCAACUAAACUCUGCCAUGUUCAACUACUCAAUGGCGGGCAGCUCAUUAAUGUCACCGAAGCAGAUACCCGUAAAAACGGUCCGCACCUACGAGAUCAAGAGAUUCUCAACACCAACACCUAUGUCCGCUCCCACUCUGGUUCCCAAAGUCCUCGCACCUCGUUCAGCCACUACCCUCGGCGAGCGUAUAAAUCACUCUGACAUGACCACUCCACCUCCUGCAACACAUUACAGUCCGGCGUCCUACAACACCGGCCUCCGGGGAGCCAAGCAGUUCCAGAGUGCUCCUGAGCUCAGCAUUCUUUCGUCGUUGCCCCCCCUCAAAGCCAACCCGGUCCAGGCACCCAAACCGCGUUUUGUUGCCACCAAGGGGGGGGUUUUGCCUGGCGUGUGGAGACCUGCGGCAAUUUAA